GUCCACUUCACGUAAAGUGCAGUUAAAUAAUUUACUUUGUUUAUUUAAAACAAUAAUGUGGUGACUAAUUCGAAUAGCCUUGUUAAAUUUCAUUUUUAAUGUAUAGAAUAAAAUAAUUAAGAAUAUAUAGCAACAGCAGUGACAUGGCAUUAAUUGCUUAAUUCGACAGCAACCUUAUUAUUUUAUUGCACCUUGAAGUCACAACGCUUUGUUUUGCCGGUAAAAAUGGACGCAGCUGACGCAGCGACGAGCACUGAAACUGAGGCCAGCAUUGAUCUGCUGGUCGUGGUGUUGGACACAAAUCCAUCGCAACACGUUGUGCGCCAGAAUCCGCAAAAUCUCACUCAGAUUCUGGAGGCUGUCAUCGCCUUUGGCAAUGCGCAUCUCAUGCAAAAGGCUCAAAACAAAUUAGCGGUCUUAUCCUGUUCGCAUCAUGCUACUGAUUUUCUCUAUCCGUUGCCUGGUCGCCAAGUAGAGCUGCGUCAGGUUGAUGGUCAGUACGAAGUAUUCAGUUUGGUAGAAAAGACUGUCAAACAACAGUUGGGUAGCAUCUUGAUGAAUGCGCCACGCUUGAGUUCUCCCUGCGAGAGCUUGUUGGCAGGGAGCAUGUCCAUGGCCCUUUGCUACAUAUCCAGACUGCAACGCAAUAUUGGCGCUGGAGUCAAGAUGCACUCACGCAUCCUGGUCAUAACAGGCAGCAAUGAAUGCGCCUCCCAAUACAUGACCUACAUGAAUGUCUUCUUCACCGCCCAAAAGCUCAACAUUGUCAUUGAUACUUGCGCCUUGGACAAGACGCUGAGUUUGUUGCAGCAGGGCUGCGAUAUUACCAAUGGACAGUUCCUAAAGGUGACACAGCUCGAUGGCUUGUUGCAGUACCUGUUGUGGGUUUUCUUGCCCUCCCCGCAAAUGCGUCACAAAAUGGUUUUGCCACCGCCGCCAAAAGUCGAUUAUCGUGCUUCGUGUUUCUGCCAUCGGGAGCUCAUCGACAUCGGCUACGUGUGCUCCGUCUGCUUGAGUGUCUUCUGCAAGUAUAGUCCCAUCUGCACCACAUGCCACACCAUCUUUAAAAUGCCUGGACCGUUGCCCAUUAGACCCAAGAAGAAAAAGAAGCCGGAGAAAAUGUGAAACAACAAAACUCUUGGAUAAACUAUGCUACGUUAAAUCAAAGUUUCUUAAAUUUAACACUAAGUUAGAGAGAGCUAAAAGGCAUUGCUUAAGCCC